CGAGCCUCACGGUUAGUCCACUCACACUCGGGGAUGCGCUAACGGGACAGCGGGGCGAGCCAAUCGCAGGGAAGCCUUUUGGAGUUAGGGAGUCUUGGGGUGGAGACUUGAGAGACUGCAGUUGCAGUUCUAUGAACAGAUGAAACUGGCUAUGGAGAAUUCGUAUGAUGUCAGUCAACAAAACUCAUGCAAUGGAAUUCCAAAUGAGCAGAAAAACAACUUCCUUGUAUCAGAAGACCACAGUCAGAAAAUCUUAAGUGUACUACAGAAUUUUAGGGAGCAAAAUAUCUUUUAUGAUUUCAAAAUAAUCCUGAAGGAUGAAGAAAUCCCUUGUCAUCGCUGUGUGUUAGCAGCAUGCAGCGACUUUUUCAGGGCUAUGUUUGAAGUAAACAUGAAAGAAAGAGAUGACGGAAGUGUUACCAUUACUAAUUUAUCCUCCAGAGCAGUAAAAGCAUUUCUUGAUUAUGCCUAUACUGGAAAAGCAAAAAUAACAGAUGAUAAUGUGGAAAUGUUCUUCCAGCUGUCAUCAUUUCUUCAAGUUUCCUUUCUAUCCAAAGCUUGCAGUGACUUUUUAAUAAAAAAUAUUAAUCUUGUCAAUUGUUUACAGUUAUUAUCUAUAUCAGAUAGCUAUGGCUCUACCCGUCUGUUUGAUCAUGCAUUGUACUUUGUACAACAUCACUUUUCUUUGUUAUUUAAAUCCAGUGAUUUCCUAGAGAUGAAUUUUGGAGUACUGCAAAAAUGUCUGGAAUCAGAUGAGUUAAAUGUUCCUGAAGAAGAAACGGUACUGAAGGUUGUUCUUAAUUGGACUAAACAUAACUUAGAAUCAAGGCAAAAGCACCUGCCUCACUUAAUUAAAAAAGUAAGAUUGCACCAGUUAUCUGAGGAGACACUUCAAGAUUAUCUUCGCAAUGAAGAAUGUUUACUCAAAAGUACAAACUGUUUUGACAUAAUCAUGGAUGCAAUUAAGUGUGUGCAAGGUUCUAGUGGACUUUUUCCUGAUGCUCGACCAUCCACAACUGAAAAAUACAUAUUUAUACAUAAAACUGAAGAGAAUGGAGAAAACCAAUAUACGUUUUGCUAUAAUAUCAAAACUGAUUCGUGGAAAAUACUGCCACAGUCACACUUAAUUGAUUUGCCAGGAUCUAGUCUAUCUAGCUAUGGAGAGAAAAUAUUUUUGACAGGGGGUUGCAAAGGCAAGUGCUGUAGAAAGGUUCGACUUCAUAUUGCUGAGGCCUAUCAUGAUGCCACCGAUCAGACCUGGUGCUACUGUCCAGUCAAAAAUGAUUUCUUCUUGGUAUCAACUAUGAAAACACCAAGAACCAUGCACACCUCAGUUAUGGCUCUCAAUAGAUUAUUUGUCAUCGGUGGAAAGACCAGAGGAUCUCAGGACAUUAAAAGUCUCUUAGAUGUUGAAUCUUACAACCCUCUUUCCAAAGAAUGGAUAUCUGUUAGCCCAUUACCUAGAGGCAUAUAUUAUCCAGAAGCAAGUGCAUGUCAAAAUGUGAUUUAUGUUCUUGGAUCAGAGGUAGAGAUUACAGAUGCCUUUAACCCAUCACUCGAUUGCUUCUUCAAAUAUAAUGCUGUAACUGACCAGUGGUCUGAACUAGUAGCAGAGUUUGGGCAGUUUUUUCAUGCAACAUUAAUUAAAGCUGUCCCAGUAAACUGCACACUAUAUAUAUGUGACCUAUCGACCUAUAAAGUUUACAGUUUUUGUCCAGAUACUUGUGUUUGGAAGGGUGAGGGGUCUUUUGAAUGUGCAGGCUUUAAUGCGGGUGCAAUUGGAAUUGAAGAUAAAAUAUAUAUAUUAGGUGGUGAUUAUGCACCAGACGAAAUCACAGAUGAAGUUCAGGUCUACCACAGCAGCAGGUCUGAGUGGGAAGAAGUUUCACCGAUGCCAAGAGCCUUAACUGAAUUUUACUGCCAAGUAAUUCAGUUUAACAAAUACAGGGAUCCUUGGUUUUCUAAUCAUUUCUAAAAUUAGCAUGUCAGAAUGUGCUUAGACAUUCUAUAAUAUACCAGUUCUAGUAACCUACAGUAAAUUUGUUUACCAUAGAAUUAGAAGUUCUUCACAGAGUAAUAAAGUGUUACUGCUCUUAGAGAAUCACUAUGUAUGUACGCGGUAGAUGAAUAAACAGUUCCCAGAAACUUUAAAAUAGGAAAUGCAUUUUACCAAAAACUAUAUUGAAUAUAAUGUAGUCUUGGAAAAUCCAGAAUACUUGGUGUUCUAAUGUGUAAGUAAAAGUCA